AUUGACUAAAAACAAAAUGACGUUUGUUGACAGUUGUGCUUUGUUAUCGUCUAGAUUAUUUUCUACAUUUUUUAUAAGAACAAAAUUUUUGUGUACUAAUACAGUCAGAUUUCAUAUGGAUGUAAGAGAUGAAGCAAAGUCGACAAUGGAACUUGUCAAUAUCCCGUCGAUUGUGUCCAUUUACCGGCAGGCGCUGAAAACGUUCGAUGACAAUAGCAAACGUAAUCUUAAUACAAACUUGAGCAAGCUGAAAUCUAUGAUGGAUAAACUAAAAUCGGAAGAUUUGGGAUUCGAUAAAACUUUAGGCGAAUACGAAAUUUGGAGUUCACCAAACAAAGCACCAUGUACGUAUAUAGAAGUGUUCCAGAAUAGUCAAAUAAACAUGAGUAUUUUUGUUUUGAAGCCGGGUUUCAAAAUGCCUCUGCACGAUCACCCUCACAUGCACGGCUUAUUGAAAGUGAUAUCGGGCGCUGUGAAUAUCCGCAGUUUUUCGGAGUUUCCUCUGAAAGAAGCAGUUAAUUUGAUAGAUUUCAAAGUCCGAGCGAAGCACGAAGCAGCGCGCCUGGCUCAGGGCAUCCACAAGCGAAGAAGACUAUUUGCAGAAGUAACCAGCAAUCGUAUUUGCACAGCUGAUGCCGAGACUUGCACAUUAACACCAACUAUAUCCAACUACCAUGAACUGGAAGCCUUGGACCUACCGGCAGCAUUCUUUGACAUCCUCUCACCACCUUACGAUACACUAAUAGAAGGUAUUGGACCAAGAAGGUGUCGCUACUAUAGUGUUGCUAAUGAAAUCAGCUCUAAUUUAGUAGAACUACAAGAAACAGAAGUGCCAAAAUGUUUCUUUUGUGAUCAAGCACCUUAUUUAGGGCCAUUGCUUGGCUAGGUACAAAUUAAUUAUGUAGGUAGGUAGCUAUUUGAAUUGAGGGUUUUGCAAAUUAAGUAUGAAGGUCCAAGUUAAGUUCCUGGUGAUGCAACUUCAUUGGUGACUUAUGCCAGUUAUGGUAUCAAAAUUUAUAGUGCAAAUUGAAUGUGCAUUAUCUUGAAACUGUUUAUAUCCUUUUUGUUUUAAGUCUAACCUCACAAUCAUGAUAUUAAGACAUCCACCAUAAGUUACCAUUAAGUAUACCCAUAGUUAUGUGAAUACCCUUCCAUUUGCUUGAUAAUUAUUGCAUUUAUACUUCCUAAAUACGUAAGAAUCAUCAUUUUCUAUUUCAUAUGAUAAUUAUGAUGAAAUAGUGAGUCAUUGUAUCCAUACCUGCACACUUUGUAGAUAACUUAUAAUUUUCAUUUUUAAUUGGCAACUAGAAGAUUAUGACUGUAUUAUUGUUUAAUGUUGUUUUGUACCUCAUAUUAUAAGUCUGGCUAUUAUUCUUAUUGGAUUCAAUACAUUUUUUUCGCUUUGUAAUUGCAUGAACAUAUUUCACCAAAAAAUAAUGUUUUGGUUGUUUUUAAAAUUACUAUUUUCUGUUUGGUUUCCUAUAAACUAUAUUCUUGUAAUCUUUCUUUUUCGAUGACUUUUCUUCUAGAUAGGACUUAGCAGUUCCUUUGCUCAUUAAUUACAAGAUAAUUGCUAGAAUGUUUUAAGUCUAUUGUUUAUUUUUACCACUACCUGUGUCAUUAGUAUUGUUUAUGUUAUGUAAAUGUUCGACCAUUGUGCAUGCAUGACAUAGCCAUAAUAUUUAACUAGUUUUGUUCAUUGAAUUGUUCACAAUGCAUGAGGCCAUAGUGGGGAACUGUUGUCAUCACAAUCAUUAUAUAAUGACGAACUCCAUUUUAUAAAAAUGAAGUUCUGCCCGUCAAAAUGAGGCUCUAAAAGUAAUUUUUAUUAACAUGACAAUAAAAUUAAUGAAACGUCACAAAAUUGUAAUUGGUUUAAAUAAUUAUGUAUUUCGUAUUUUCGUACACUGUCAUCAAAUCCAUUUUUUUUAAAGAGUAUUUUAUGUCAUUUUAAGAUUAAAGUGAAGUAAAAUAUGAACAUUCCAAACGAAACAUAGAUACAUGUCAUUGUUUAGAUAGAGGAAUAUUGAUUAGUUACUGAUCUCUAAGACCGUUAUAUGUAACUGAAAUGUAAUAGUUUAAAUAAUUGUUACUAAUAGGAACGAUAGGUCUCGCCUUAUGAAGAUUUUUAGUCAACAAAACGUGAUUCUCGGAGUGAUGCCAGAAUUUAUAAAUUUGUAACUAAAUUAAUGAAUGUAUUGUAAUUAAUUAAGGAACAUUGUUUAGAAAUAAGUUUCGUUCCCCAGGAAUAGUAUUGAUUGUUUUGUUAAUAAAAUCUUUAAUUUGUU